AUGAACUCAGCUGAAGAUGCGAUCAACUUGUCAAACCGCGAGACGGAUGCCGGCAGCCAUACAAUGGACUCGACCGCGGAGCCGACAAUGACGACCACGACCAUGGCUACUGUUGCGACCACGUACAAGCCCGAGCUCGCCCCGGCUCCGUCAUCGCCGACUACCCUCCCCGAAGAGCCUGCGAUGGAGGAACAGCCUCUUAUGAACCAGCCGGAAAGCGCGGAGCCCAGCGGUAGUGGGGAUGACAUGAUGACAAAGGUCUUCCAAUUCCUCUCCACCGCCACUCCGGAGACAUUGGCCGGAGUGGGGGUCGGUCUGGCGGCGGUCACAUACUUCUUACUGGGCCAGCUGGGCCUACUGCUCAUUGGCGCGUUUGCGGGAGUCACGGCGUUUAUAUCAUGGGAGUCCAAGAACCCGCAGGUCUCUCAGAGUAUCAAGGGGGAGAAAGGGAUCGAGGUCCUGACGAGGAUAUUAGACUUGAAGGAAGACAUGCGACGAAACAACGCAGAUACGUCAUUAGCAAAGGAGGGCGACGAAGGCACGGAUCUUAAGGGUUUUGAAGAUUUUCAGCCAGAGACGCGGGAUGCUUUGAAUAACCUGGUUGAUGCAAUCAUCCGGGAUUAUGUCAAAUGGUGGUACAGUCCAAUUGUACCCAUGGACCAAACCUUCCCGUUGGCUUGCCGCAAAGUCCUCGCAUCCUUCCUCAUCUCCGUCUCCAACCGGCUGAGCAGGAAGCGUCCUGCAGAUACAUUUCUAGACUUCCUUACCAACUCGUCGUCCAUCGUCAUCGUCUUCUUCUCCGAGCUGUCCACGGCGCUGACGGAGGAACCCCCAAACGAUACACGGAGUGUGACCGAUUCUGUCAGUAGCUACCUGGCCUCGAAUCCAGACUCCAACUUGGCGAACCUGUUGAACCAGAAACAACAGGCUGCAAAGUUCAGAAAUGUGGCGGAUGACCUCUUGGGGUUCCUCGACAGGUCGACGUAUGGCUGUGACCCUGCUCGGGUGUUUCUCCGAGAAAUCCUGGCAGGGGUCAUUCUGGAAAUGACGCUCAAGUCUUGUUCCAAGCCGGAGUGGAUUAAUGGUUGGAUUGUGUACCUGUUAGAGGCCGGAGAGCCUGAUUUCAACCAGGCCAUCGACGUUGGGAUGCAGACAGGGCCUGAUCCCAGCAAGGGCUCCACCGAGGUCGACAGCAAGAGCGGCAGCAACUCUGUAGAUGUUGACAAGUCGCAGCGCAAGGAGAGCAUGUCUAACCACAGGAAAAGGCUCAGCAAAGCUGACGAGGAGAUGGAGAACGCACUAGAGGAGAUGAAGAAGCUCAACCAGAUGAUAGCCGAUGAGGAUGCACGAAGGAGGAAGGAGUCUGCUGCAGGCGUGGAGCAGACAGGAGAGUCGAAAAGUGCAGCCGAGGCAUCAUCGCGACUAGCGGAUGCAAUGAAGCGCAAUGCGGAUACUCUGGACAUGCAGCCGAAUGUGGGUUCAGACACAACAAUCCCGAAAAGCCCUGGACCGCUAUCGCCGACAAGUAAACAAAUAUUACCCAGCGAUGUUUCUGGAGAUGAGUCCUCGGCUAAAACGGGCUCAACACAAGGCCCCCUUACCCCAGGAUCUUCAGAAAUGGAGGCAGUUAGCCAUCCUUCAUCACCGCUGAAAGAGGAAAUAACUGCGCAAUUCACCAACUUCGACCAGCUUGUCCCGCCUGCGCAGGAUGAGCCAGAGCCUGAGGCGGAACCUGUGCGCAAUAGCCCACAACCGCUCACUCUCCACCACGCGACCAUCACCAUCCAUGAUGACGGCAUGUCCGACGCCAAGAACCGCAUCAAGAACAGACCGGCCUGGGACUAUCUAAUCCAAGUCGAACCCGCAAACCCACAACAUCCUGGGUGGAUGAUUGUACGCAAGUACGCCGACUUUGAACAGCUGCACGAGAUCUUGGCGAGGAUUGCCAAGAUCUCAGGGGCAACCGCGUUUACGGAACAGCACGGCAGCCUGCCGGCCUGGCGCGUGCAUACCAAGGUCUCCCUACGCGGAGAGCUCGAACGCUAUUGCCGUGAUGCAUGCCAGAACAAGUCGCUGGCUACGAGCGAGGGCAUGAAGCGGUUCCUCGAGAAAGAUAUCUUGCACACUCGUGCACAGUCAAAGUCGGGAUUUGAAGCAUUUGAAACCAUGGGCAAAAACGUCUUUGGGGUUCUUACCAGCGCGCCAAAGGGCGUCGCUGAUGGAGGCAAGGCUGUCGUGGGUGGUGUUACGGGUGUUCUGGGCAACCUUGGCCUCGGCUCAAGGAAGAACACAAGCUCCUCCUUGAAGCAGCUACCGCAACAGCAGCAGUCGGACACUGAUAAUUCUACACCGGCCCCGAAUACACUCACGAAACGGCAUUCUGUGCCCCUACCUUCCCCAAUUAGGCAUGACAGCGGCCUUUCCGUGAUCAACAACGGCCUCAUAAGCAGGGAUAGCAUGGAUAGCCAGAGGUCGUCUGUCAUUUCAACCCAGCCUGCCAAGAUUCCUCCAAUGGAGCGCCGGCCCAGCUACAACUCACAGCACGAAGGUGCCGACGGUACAGCGGGAGAUUCGACGGGCCUACGGCCUGACCGCUGGGAUAUGGCCUCACCAACGAGCGCGAUGAGCAGCCGCAACCAUAGCCGUGCAUCAAGUGUGGCGCCUGUUCGGUCGCCAUCGUCCACAAGCUUGAGUGGACUGAAGCUGCCGCCUCCGCCUACCGAGAUCCCGGAUGAUUAUGGCAUGCCUAGGACUGCUACGAAGCCCACGCCUCUUCAAGAAGGUAACGCAGCGGCGGCGGCGGCGACGGCUACAGCAAACCCGUCACCUUCCAACACCGCAUCGGCAAAUGGCUUCGGGCGACCUCCAAAACGACAGCCGCGGACCUUUUCGCCAUUGUCGGAACAGGAGACGAGCGUGGCGGUGGAGCUCCUCUUCGCCGUCAUCACGGAGCUUUACACACUCUCGCCAUCGGCGUGGAAUAUACGACGGACGCUGUUGGCGGCGGCCAAAUCGUUCCUGCUGAGGCCUGGGAAUCCAUCUCUCGAGUCCAUCAGGCUGAUGAUCCAGGAGACGGUGCUCGACUCGGCGGCGUCGGACGAGGGCAUGGCGGCGCAGCUACGAAAGCUGCGGGAGAACUCGGUCCCGACGGAAGAAGAGCUGGCGGCGUGGCCUCCCGAGAUGUCGGAAGAGGACAAGGCUAAGCUAAGGGUCAAGGCCAGGAAGCUUCUCAUCCAAAGCGGGGUGCCGGCGGCGCUGUCGGGUGUCAUGGGACAGCAGGCGACCAGUGAGGCGCUGGGCAGGGUCUUUGACUGCCUGCAGGUUGAGGAGGUCGCCAGGGGUUUGUUGUUUGGCAUCAUGCUGCAGGCCGUGCGGGCGAUUACACACUGA